CGUCACGACAAGAGCCUCACGCGGAUGCCAAAUUGCGUUACGGGUUCUCGAGACGAGGACGAAAGCGGACCCUUGUAUUCCAUGUGGUUCGACGCGCCACAUGUCGCCAGCCGAAACGAACGAGAAAGCUAGCGAUGUUGAGCGCGUUGCAGCACGCGCCAAAUCCUUUCCCAUACUACUUCACUGCCCCUCUGCCCGCCCCGCGCAAUAGCAGCUCUGCUCGCGCUUGCGAUCGCUCUCGCUCUCACAUGGCGGUUUCCUCGGUUCGAAUCGCAGUCGUCGGAGACGUCCAUGAUCAAUGGGAUCUCGAGGAAGACACAAAGGCACUCCAUUUCUUGAAGCCGGAUCUGGUGCUCUUCACAGGCGAUUUUGGUGAUGAGAAUGUGGAGCUCGUUAGGAGCGUUGCGAAGCUUGAAUUUGCAAAAGCAGUAAUUUUGGGAAAUCAUGAUUCCUGGUUCACUCAGCAAUUUUCCAAAAAAAGGAAGGAUAGCGUUCAACUGCAGCUAGAAUGUCUUGGAGAGGAGCAUGUAGCGUACAAGCGAUUGGAUUUUCCUCAAUUAAAGUUGAGUGUUGUCGGUGGACGGCCAUUCUCCUGUGGCGGUGAGAAGUUGUUCCGAAAGAAGCUCCUAUCUGCAGGAUUUGGAGUUGAAGACAUAGAUCAAAGUGCUCGGAGAAUCUGUAAGGCUGCCGUGGGGGCUCCAGAGGAUCAUUUGGUUAUAUUACUUGCCCAUAAUGGACCUACAGGUUUUGGAUCUAAUAUUGAUGAUAUUUGUGGAAAGGAUUGGGUCUCUGGUGGUGGCGACCAUGGCGAUCCAGACUUAACUAAAGCCAUAUCCGAGUUAAAAGAGAAUGCCAAAUUCUGUAUACCACUGGUCGUUUUUGGCCACAUGCAUAAAGAGCUUGCACACGGUAAGGGUGUUAGGAAAAUGAUAGUGGUGGGGGACGAUGGCAUUAUAUAUCUUAACGGGGCCAUCGUCCCUCGGAUCAGAAGUUCGACUAGUGAGCUGACUGGAAACACAAGUAACAAUAGCAAUGAGGCUUCACAUUCUGGUACGGGUUCCACUCGAGCUUAUACUACUGUGGACAUCUCAGAAGGAAGAGUGACCAAGAUUGCAGAAUGUUGGGUGUCCGUCGUCGGCGAAGCGACCAAACUACAAGAAGAGCACAUACUUUUAAGCGUUGCAUAAACGU